AUGGCUGGCAAGACAUCGUGCCAAUGUUCGCCCGUCGAUGUUGUUGUGCUCUGUUUUGGCAAAGGACGUGUUUCGGCGCCUGUCAAUACCGUUGCAAUCUACCCUCAUUGCGAUAAUGAAAAUAGCUGUGGAAUAUUGGUCAUUGAGUAUCGGGCGCAGUGGCCGACAUUCCACACCUCUACAGUUGUGGUUCUAGCUCGUGUUAUGAUUUAUGACAAACAGGUUUCUAUGUACUGGUUGCUGCCCUUCCAAAUCUCUGUCCAUGGCACAGAACCUACGCACAUCAUCGGGAUGAAACCGCCCAUCGUGCUUGAGCGCAUUGGGACUCCGAUCGCUUUUGAUGAGGAGCGACUCAGCGAACAUCCGAAACUGGAGUGCCUUCACCCUUCGAAACGUGUUGUCUCUAGUACGACACUUUACCGUGGCGGCAACGCAGACGGUUCCCAAUUUGACAAGACUCGUCCGCUGGAUCUCAAACCUGAGAACAGGAAACAAAAGCCCGGAACCUGCGGUAUCUCAGCGUACUCGCAGUUGACGGAGAUCGCAAAUCCCUCCUAG